AUGGCUAACCAAACUUCUUGGUUUGAUUAUACCUUGUUUUAUAAGAAAGGUACAGAUAACAGAGUCGCUGGCGCUUUGUCUAGGGCUUCAUGUUCAUCCCUCACUACAGCUCAACCACAGUGGUUCGAUGAAGUUCAGGCUAGUUAUGCAUAUGACCACUUAGCUCAAGAACUGAUACCUAAACUCAUGCUGUCUCCAUUUCAUCCUGAUGGCUACACAUAUUCACAGGGCAUUCUCCGACAGCAUGGCAGAAUCUACAUUGAUUCCUCUGGUGAUGCUCGUCAGAAGGUUCUUACAGCUGCUCACGCAUCAGCCAUCGGCGUUUGUCAGCAGAAUAAGGUGGAGCACAUUACACCAGCAGGUCUACUUCAGCCUUUACCUGUCCCUGAUCAAGCCUGGAAGCAUUUGAGUAUGGAUUUCAUCACUGGCUUGCCAAAGUCUGAGGGCAAGGAGAUAAUUUUAGUUGUUGUUGAUCGUUUUACUAUGUAUAGCCACUUUACUGCAUUACGCCAUCCAUACACUGCACAUUACAAGCCUGUUAAGUGGGCUUCUUGGCUUUCAUUGGCAGAGUGGUGGUUUAAUACCACUUACCACACCAGUCUCCGCCUCACACCAUUUCAGGCCUUAUACGGGUAUGAUCCUCCCCAGUUUGGUUUGCACUCUUGUUCUUCUAUCUCCAACUCCACUGUUGAGGACUACAUGCAUCAGCGAAAAGUACUUGCGGAGGUACUGCAACAAAAUCUAAGUGAAGACCAGCAUCGCAUAAAGCAACAUGCAGAUAAACACAGAGUUGAGAGAUCAUUUUUGGUAGCAUAUAAACUGCAAUUACCCCCUACUUCUCGCAUUCACCCUGUUUUUCAUGUUUCGCAAUUAAAGAAGAAGAUAAGUCAGGGUCUUGUUCCACAGACUUACUUACCUUCUUUGGAAAAGCAUGGGUUAAUGAAGGUGAAACCAGUAUCUGUGAUUGAUUCUCGUAUACUUCUCAAAGGUCGUCCGCAUGUUCCGCAGGUGCUUGUGCAAUGGUCCCAUGCUGCAGAAGGUGAUUAUUGUUGGGAGGACACUGCUCUUAUCAAGGCCAAGUUUCUCAGAUUUAUCCUUGAGGACAAGGAUAAGCUAUAA